UGUGGAAGUCAAAGACUGAAAUGUGACCUUGGGUCAUACACUCAGAUACAUAUUAUUAGCACAAUAAUAUGAAAAAUGAGGCACUUAAAAAUUUAACAUCUUCAUUGGAUCGGAAGCGAACGCAUAUUUCACACUCAUGGCAGUCACAAGCUCUCAGCUUUCCUCUUUCUCAGCAAUCCACCGCAAAUUUAGCCUUCAACAGCGCUCUCUUUUGUACCCAACUUUUCGACCUCAAAAGUCAUGGGUUUUAAUGAGUGUCGAUGGGAGAGGCGGGAAUACUACAAGUUCUCAGAUUAAAACUACUCAUAGUUGCACAGCUGAUGAAUCAAAACCAUAUGUUGAAGGGACAACUAAGUCGUAUCCAACGGUAGAAGAAGAACAUGCUGCUGUGGUAGUGGGAACAAAUGAGCAGGUACAAGAAGAUGGAGUCUCGAAGCAGCAAGGGGGAGCAAAAAUCCAUGAUUUCUGUUUUGGAAUUCCUUAUGGUGGUCUUGUUCUAAGUGGGGGCCUUAUUGGUCUUAUAUUCUCAAGAAAUCCUGCAACAUUUAGAAAUAUCAUAAUUGGAGGGGCUUUGCUAACUCUCAGCACUUUCAGCUUAAAGACUUGGAGGCAAGGAAAAUCAAGUUUACCACACAUACUAGGACAAGCAGUUCUUUCAGCAAUCCUCUUGUGGAAGAACUUCGAGACCUACACAUUGACAAAGAAGCUAAUUCCAACUGCUUUAUAUGCUGCCAUAAGUGCUGCCAUGUUGUGUUUCUACUCAUAUGUGGUGCUUUCUGGGGGAAAUCCACCACCAAAAAGGCAGAAGUCACCUGCUGUCAUCCCAUCAUAAGGAAAAGCCUUAAAGACCCUUCUUGGGAAUUUUUGUUUAUCAGGUGACCGUAAUUUAUAUGUACUGCAGUUGGCUGAGUAAAGCUUCCAUACCUUCUUCUAAGUUCAAGGAUGCUUUCUCUAGAAAUACAGCAAUAAUGUGAGUUAGUGAAGAAAAAAAAGAUUCUUGGAUAGUUGCUCUUUUUACUAGAAUGUGAGUUAUGUAAUUUAUCUUUUAACGAGAUUUGAGAAGAAAGGACUGCAAUUGUGAAAAUAUAGUGGAUUUGUAUCUGAUGAGUCCUAAUUGUUCGUGGUUGAAAAUUCAGUUUUUGGUUGCUUCUUGUUUCCUGUUAUUAACAGAUAACAGUUACAUGAGCAUAUGUAGUGAAAUUAUCAUAGAUUAUGAGUUUUACUCCA